GUCCCAUGCACGGUAGCUCCUCCUCACCCUUCAGUCAGCUGUCACGUGGUAUCCGCCGCAAGCAUGCGAGCUUCCAUCAUCAGAGACGACAUCGAGGAGAUGGGGGUGUGUUUUCUCCACGCCCUCCCGCCCCAUGACGCUUCAUCGACGAACCCUUCUUCGGAUCCACGCAUCACCGAGCUUCUCGACGCCUACAGCGACGUGUUCGAGGGCCCGCACGGAGUAAUACCGGAUCGGCCCAUCCGCCACGAGAUCAUCCUCGAGGACGGGGCCGUACCUCCACGCGGUUGCAUCUACCGAAUGAGCGAGGAAGAGUUAAGUGUGCUUCGGGCACAACUCGACGACCUUCUGGAGAAAGGUUGGAUUCGGCCUAGCUCAUCGUCAUACGGUGUUCCUGUUCUCUUCGUCCGGAAGAAGAACAAGGAUUUGCGGUUGUGCAUCGAUUAUCGCAAGCUCAACGCGCAGACGAUCAGAAACGCAGGCUCUCUCCUACACAUCGACGAUCUUCUCGAGCGACUGGGCGGCGCCAAGUUCUUCUCCAAGCUCGAUCUCAAGUCGGGAUAUCACCAACUCGAGAUUCGGCAGGAGGAUCGCUACAAGACUGCGUUCAAGACGCGAUAUGGGCAUUUCGAAUGGCCGGUUAUGCCAUUUGGCCUUACGAAUGCCCCGGCCACUUUUCAAGCAGCUAUGACAACGGAGUUCCGACACAUGCUGGAUCGAUACGUACUUAUCUACCUCGACGACAUCCUGGUGUACAACCGGAGUUUGGAGGAGCAUGUGGAACACCUGCACACCGUUUUGGAGCGGCUACGACAGCCGGAGUUUGGAGGAGCAUCCGGACUUCGGCACGCUCUAUGCACAGCUAUCUUCGGAUCACCCGCCGGCCAGCCAUUACCGCAUUGCCGACGAGUACUUGCUCCUCCACUCGAGAGGCAAGGACUUAUUGUGUGUCCCACGAGACCGUCGUCUUCGGACUCGCCUUCUCGGGGAGUACCAUGACUCGCGACUCGCUGGCCAUUUCGGAAUCAACCGCACUAUUGCAC